UCGGUUCUAUGAUGUCGCUAUGUGAGAUAGAGAAUGUUGAAAUAUCAGAUUGCAAUUUGACAACAGAAGCAAUGAAAGCAUUCAAGGAAAACUGCCUGGGUGCAAAGCUGAAAAAGCUAAAUGUCAGCUUCAAUACCAACCUGGGUGUUGAAGGUGUGGGUGUACUUGGUUCCAUUGUGUCAAACAGUGAAGUAGAAGAGAUUUUAAUGCGUGGAUGCAUUUUGACUGCGGAAUCAAUGAAGGCAUUCAAGAAAUAUGUUGGGGAUGCGAAGAUUAAGUUGCUGCAUCUGAGUUGGAACAUGACACUCGGAGAUGAAGGACUAUCUACAAUCAGUGAAAUUGUUCUUCAAUGUCACGUUGAAACAGUGGUGAUGCGAGGUUGCGACUUCAACGAUGAUCAGUUAAAAAGAUUCAAAGCAUUGAUCGCUGAUACCGGAGUCAAGUUUAUACACCGACGUAACGAUGGGGCAUUUCACAACCACCACGUCAAUUAAUCAUAUACCUUGCAACAAUGACACAAAUACAAUUUUGUUUCCUUAAACUACAACGCAAGAGCUGUAAAAUUUCUAGGCGAUGUCUAAGC